AUGUCUGAAGGAGAGGUUCAGGCCCCGCGGGGCCAGGGGCUGCCCCCGGAUGUGCUGGCGGAGCAGGUGGAGCUGUGGUGGUCACAGCAGCCGCGGCGCUCAGCGCUCUGCUUCGCCGUGGCCGUGGGCCUCGUGGCGGGCUGUGGGGCGGGUGGCGUGGCCCUGCUGUCCUCCACCAGCAGCCGCUCGGGGGAGUGGCGCCUGGCAGUGGGCACGGCGCUCUGCCUGCUGGCCCUGCUGGUCCUGGUUAAGCAGUUGAUGAGCUCGGCCGUGCAGGACAUGAACUGCAUCCGCCAGCCCCACCACGUGGCCCUGCUGCGCAGUGGAGGAGGUGCAGACGCCUUGGUGGUGCUGCUCAGCGGCCUGGUGUUGCUGGUCACCGGCCUGACGCUGGCUGGGCUGGCUGCUGCCCCCGCCCCGGCCCGGCCGCUGGCUGCCAUGCUGUCCGUGGGCAUCACCCUGGCUGCCUCUGGUGCACUCUUGCUGCUGGGCCUGCUGCUCUAUCAGGUGGCUGUAAGCGGACACUGCCCCCCAACCCGCAUGGGCGCCCCCCCCACCCGCAGUGACCGCAGCGGCAACGGCAGCAUCUUCAGCAUCUCAGGACAGCUGUCCGCCGGUCAGCAUCAUGAGACCACGUCCAGCAUCGCCAGCCUCAUCUGA